AUGAUCUCAGUAGCUUACUGUAAAAAGAAAAAAAAGCAAAAUAGAGCGCCUCCGGUUGAGCUUAGGUAUUUUCUUUUGCCGGUUAUUCAUUUACCUUCUCAUUUUUUCUUUUUUUUUACCUUUCAUUUAAAGUUUUUUUUAUCUUUAUCUUUUUUUUUGUUUUUUUUCUUUUUCUUCCCCCCCCCUGGCUUUUUUUGUUCUCACCCUUCGAUCUUCCGUAUCUCCGUUCAUGUUACUCAGGUUUUUGUUUUCAACAGCUUCCAAUGCACAACUAUGUGCUGUCGGUGUAUUAUUGACGUCAUUACCUUCACAAUUCUUAUCCAUUUCUUUACUAUGAAUACCGCAAUAUUUAAUUUUUGUCUCUUUUUCUUCCUUUGUCCCCUGCAUCUUUUAAUUUAA